GAGGCGCGGGCCGGUCCUCAGGUUCGCCUGUACUCAUCCAAAUACUCAUCCAGGAAGACCCCGUGCGCCGCGCCGCUAGUCACACAGUUUUUUUUUCUCGUCCGUGGUUCCUCGAGAUUUGAGGGUGAGGUGCUCGCGGUGUCGCGCGGAUUUCCGCUUCCGCGUGCUGUAUCGGAGCUACGCUCCCGGGGUUGAGCGGCAUGCUCAACAAUAUCACCGCCGGCGGUUCCGUACACGGUAUCUCCGGAGCGAAAGAUGCGCAAGAUCUGAAGCGGUACGAGAAGGAGCACAGCGUCCUGGGAGUGAAUCUGGGCUCCGGUCUGUCCGCGGGUGGUGGCCUCACGCUUCAUCAGGAAUUGAUCAUGACGAUGCCCGGCACAGGUAGCGCAGCUGCGAUCGGGCAAGGCGAUGACAAACCUGCGAAGCAAAAACGACAUCGGACGCGCUUUACACCGGCCCAACUCAACGAGCUGGAAAGGUGUUUCGGCAAAACUCACUACCCGGACAUUUUCCUGAGGGAGGAAAUAGCACUAAGGAUCGGCCUCACGGAAAGUCGCGUUCAGGUAUGGUUUCAAAAUCGACGAGCAAAAUGGAAGAAGCGCAAGAAGACAACCAACGUAUUCCGGUCCUCGGGAUCGCUGUUACCGUCGCAUGGCUUGCCUCCCUUCGGACCGAUGACCUCCGACUUGUGCUCCGGAAUGUUUCAUACUCCUGCGGACAGAUGGGGAAUGGGGACAGGUCUUGGACAAUUACAAAGCGGCAUGACGAUGAGUGGCUUCGGGCAACUCGGUCAACAAAGUGCGGGAAGUUUAGGUUCCAGCCUUAGCCUCGGCAACUCCGGACUCCCGAUCAACAGUCCGUCGCAGUCCGUCUAUCAUACCAACUACGGACUCAAUUCCAUCACAGGUGGUGUUCAUGUGUCGGCGUCCCGAGGUUCGCCACCGGGCGGCUCCUCGGUGGGCGGCGGUCAGUCCGGUGGGAUGGGCUCGGGCCUGAACUGCGGUCAGGGUUCUCCUGGCACGACUUCCGGUGGUAGCGGCAGCGGCGGUACCGGCGGAGGUGGCGGCGUUUCCUGCGUGGGUGCCGACGUGACUGCGAAUGAGGCGUCGGACUGGAGAGGCGCCCACAGCAUCGCGGCGCUCAGACGUCGCGCCUCGGACGCCUCGCAACAAUACAGUCCGCAGCCACCGCCGCCAGGACCACCUCAGUACACCCACGAUAUGGAGUACAGUCCUGUUUAUCAAGGCGUCGUCUGAACCGCCCGCUGAACGGUUCGGUUCGGUUCGGUUCCACGGAGGAAAAACUGCCGGCCGGUAGAAGCUUACCAUAAUCCAUGGAACGAGUACUCCUCUCUGUUCUGUCUCGAGGGUAAUCGAGGGUAGGAUAGAGCCUGCGUUUCCGCGACUGACGCCAUAGAAGAGAGCGAGAGCGCGGAGAAAGCGCGAUCGACGAAAUUUAUUCAUCCAUAGUUGGACUAUCGCGAAUUUAACGUCGGAUAAUGCAGUGAGGUCAAGAUCGACAGUAUUAGAUCAUUCGAUGAAAAUCGCCUGGUAGAGGUACAAAAUUAUCCAUUCCUUUGAAUUUAAUAUAAAGUCAGUAAAGCAUAGCUAGAAUAAACGACGGAAUUAGAGUGAUUAAGUAAUUUUGGAGUGUUUUUUGAGUGAUAGAAAUUUAACUUCGGGCGAUUAAUAAUAAUUUACAAUGGUUUAAUGAACACAACGCGCUGUAUUUGCUGUAUUAUAUUAUUUUUUUUUUUUUACAUGAACCUGGUCUUAUUGGAAGAAACAGUUACACAGGGAAUCUAUGAAAGGAGUACUCUUUUUAUAAAUUAAUACGCUGAGGUAAAAUCAGGGUAGAGAAUCGAAAUUGUUGGCAUUAUCGACAGUGACAAUUUGCGCAAUAUAGAUUCUCAUUAUCACAGCCUUCCCAGAACCAUUGUGACACGUUGUGUAAUGUGGAUUACAGCUUCUGCAAAUAUAUCUAGCUGAUGCUAAUAUCGGUUUGACCAUUGACUUAAUGUCAUGAAUGUAAAGAAGAGUGAUAUGACGGAGUUGUAGUAAUUAAAAUUACACGUUUGAGAUUUAUAAUUGGAGAUAUAGCGGGUAAAUAUUUUCAACGUAUAGUAUCUCUAGUCAAAUGUAUCUUAAAAUAGCAACAAGCAUAAGCAUUAUUUAAUAUUUUGUAAAGAAAACUGAAUCAUUGGCAUAAAUCUUUUAGCUCCGCAUUGUAAAUCAUUACUAUACUAGUGAAUUUUUCGCAAGAACCUACUUGAAAUGAUUCCAUUUUUAAAUGGAUUUUUCAUGUUUUGUAACGUUCGAUGAAGAAUUAUCGAUAUUAUUCGAUAAAGUGAAAAUGGAUUUUGUUCGGUAUUAUUAAAAAUUUAUCCUGAUCAUGACAGCUCCAAAUAUUUAAUAAUGGCAAUGACCGAUGUGUUUCAUUAUAAUAUCAAACACUUUGGCCACUAUAAAUCCGCUGUAAUUAUCAUGAGUCCGAGUAUUUCUGAAUAUCAAUGAUUAAAAUAUGAUCCGUCAUAUAUAAUGUGCAGGCUGUUUUUAUGAAACGCUCUGUCCCAGUGAUCACACCGAGCUGUCGAUAAAGGAAGGAACGAAUUGUGAUUUGUGCACAUUAAUGAAUUUUACGACACACAGUGUCUUAAAAGAGAGAAAAUUGCCAUAAAUUAAUGCGAAUAGCUCCAGCGAACGGGUUGACUUUGGAUUGGCGCUGUGCGCUGGUCCAACAAUCGGAAGUGGCUAUAUUCCACAUAUACAUACAUUAACACAAUUAUCAAAUACUCGCGUCGGACGAUUUAAUUGGCUCCAUGUAACUGUACGUAUACGUUAAUUUAUUUAUUUCGUUAAAUAAGAUCGGU